CCAUUUCAUACAUUCAGAAUUUCAGUGUUGCGAAAGAUACUAAGGAUGUGAAGCCCUUUCCUGUUUUAAGAAUGAGUAGCACUGGACGCAGAGAAGCACGAUAGUUGAAGUCUGCUUGCAGUGCAGAUAACAAUACGACAGCUGUGGGAUAACUUAACAGUCGUUGACAUUCUGUUGAAAGCAGUUUUGUUUCCUCAGAUAUUGUAGAAUCUUCAAUCAAGAUGGCGGGUCCGGGGGAGACGGACCAAUCACAGCAAGGAGACGCCACUAGCACCACUACGUCAUUCCCUCCCCGAAGCUCACUGGUCAAGCCGAUCUACGUGGCGGGAAUCCUGCAGCUCAUUUUGGCUCUUAGCAUCGGCGUGGUUGGCAUGUUUGCCUCAUCCAAGAACUGCGCACUAAGUAUCACCUGGGUUUAUUUCUUCAAUUCAAUCUGGUUUAUCGUAUCAAGUUCGGUGGGUCUGUCACCUUCCAGACGAGGCGCAGUGGCACUAGGAAUGAAGGAAAUCAAAAGGACGAUGAAAUGGUAUCGAAUGAUGUGUCUUGUUGGUCUGCUGAUGAUCUUCGGUUUUAUGACCGUGGAACUGAUUGGCAUAUUCCAGGAACCUAAACCAGCUCGAGUAGAGUGGAACUGCAUGACGAUGCACUUGAUCAUUCUCGUCGUAGGCUUCGCUGCUCUCGUGGUGUCAAUGGGAGGUAUAGCAGCAUCCACAAGACUUAUCAUCGUCUUCAACAGGAUGCAGAGACAGGGGUAUGACAACACCUUUUCAGCGCAGUCCAACACAGUGUCUGGCAGCCUGGGACACACAAACUACGGCAUGACACCAGAUAUGUUCAUCUUACCAGAGUAUUCUGUCGAUGCUGACUUGCCACCAAGCUACGCUGACGUUGUGUCCGGAAAAGCCGACGGAAAUGAAUGUCGGUCGGGCAUUGACGCACCUGAUGAACCCUCGUCGAGCAACUCGUAACACGUUCCAGAGCUUCAGCCACAGGCUGUAGAGGGCGCUGUGUAUGAACGUAGCACUGGACCAUUUCUGCACGUGAAUAAUUUUCAUUAUGUUGAUGCAUACUCUAAGAGUUUUCCGCAGGGAUAAUUUGCAUGUUUGGGCAAAGCCUGAGUGAAAGUUGUACAUUUUUUGUUGUCAAUGAAUAUUGAGACGCGAGGGCUGGUUGCCCGCAUAACCCAACAUACUGCUAACGAUUUUGUGCCGGAAACCGACAUGGAAGUGUGAGCGACUAUAAUGAGCUGGUCACGAUGAACACACGAUCGUGAAGUCCUUCGCCAUCCCACAUCACGCAAAAUAAACCACAUCGGCCUACUACAUGACGAUGGGGAGCCCUCUCUUGAUGUUAAGCCAAUCCUGAUAUCAAACAAAUGACCAAGACUUAUAUGCAUCGAGGGAUUUCUGUUUAUCCAUUUUUACAAGGAGUUAUCUGUUAUUAGAAAUUUGAUGGCUAAAUGCCUCAUUGAAAUUUCAACUAACCUUUUGAGCAGCUAUGAUGGUUUAUAGUAUUUGAAAUAACUUAGAUAUUGUAGUGUGAAAAUAAACACAAACCUUUUCGCUUUGGCAAACGGGAAAAAUCUUUGACAACCAUUGACUGGUCUUCCAUCAUUGCGUCAGCGUAUUUAGCCAUUUCAUAGUUAUGAGGCUAUUAGUUACAACAAUUUAAAGUGAAAAAUGAAAUCUAGAGAUGGUGGAAAUUCGAGCAAUUUCGUGAAUGUAUACAAUAUCUCAACGUCUCUGCAAACAAAUAGUUGGAAAGCAGUGUUUAUUUUCUUUUUUAAUUAGUGUUUAUUGGAUAAUAAAACGGUCCCGUUCGAUUAGUUGGACGUCAAAUUUGCAUUUAGGAUGAGUUUUCUCUUUGAACGUUUUUCUGUUAUUUUCAGGUGAUGUCCGAUAUUUUCUUUGUAAUAGUUGUGUUCACUAUGCAUUUCAACUUCCAAGUGUAAAAAUAAAGCAAGUUGAUACCCAACAU